UUUCUCUCUCUCUCUCUCUCUAAGGGUGCGUCUUUGUCCGAGCAAUACUCUUGUUUGUAGUUUAAGUUAGGGAUUUGCUGUAAUACUGUAAUACAUUUUAGCAGUAGACCUAACAUUUCCCAACAAACAUGCUUGUUUAAGAAGCCCGACUUCUCCCCGUAAUACGAAAGAGGAAGAUUGACUCGAUUUGAGACGCACCCUGUGAGAAUGAAACCAUGGCAACCACGAAGUCACAUGGAGCGGUGUGUGUUGAUGAUUAGCUCAGUUAUUGGAAGCUUGUUUGUGUAAAUUGAACGUUACUUUAUCAUGUCUGCAAAACGGAAUCUUCCAGCAUGGAUGGUGGCAUCUGAUCAUAAAAACGGGCAGACUAAAGAGUCUCUAAAGAGGAAAGCGGAAGUAAACACAAACAAACGAUUAGGAAAAAAGUGCAUCAAAAGAAUGAUGUACUGGAUGAAUGAAAGGGAGCUUGUAGAAGCAGCAAUCAGUGUUCUAAACAGAGAGCCAGGUCCGGGAGAGAGACGUGCUCCUCUGAACACUGAAACAACCCUGAUUCCAGAAACUGAUCACGAAGAGACGACAGACUCGGACGUUUCGGAUCCAGCCCUGGAUUAUGCUGAGCAAGAGACUGUACCGUACAAUGACCCUCUAAAGGAGAGAAGGUGUGGCAGUGCAUCAGAAAGCUCUGGUGAACAGCCUUUAGCUUCGUCAACAGGUUUGGACAAGAAAGCUGAGUCUAAGGAGGACAACUGUCAGAAUAAUCCUGAUCAUGAAGCCCUGCAGGUGCUGCAAGACAUCUUUUUCAGCUGAAACUGUAACGAGACAGCUGAAGGGUUUUGUUUGUACUGCACUAAAACUGAUGAACUGCUCAUUCAUUGACAACACCAGAUUAAUCCUCUGUUUACAGCCUUCACUCAGUGUCUUGUGUUGCCACAAGGCUUAGUGUCAGCUAAGGAAGGAUGUAAACAAAAAAUAUAUGAGGAUGAAUAAUUGGUAGGUGAUUAAACAUUAUAUGUCUUGGUAAAGUGUUGGACCACCACCAACCACCAGAACAUAUUGGAAUGAUCUUGGAACAGAUUUUGUUCUGGAGUCAUGAACACCGUACUUUUAAACAACGUUCCCUAAACUGCUGUUAGUGUGAUGAUGCUGUAGAGUGCUAACAUUUUUCAAGUUUCCAAUUAAAUAAGUAUUUAAUGAAGCUGAGAUCUGGUAACUGGAAUAACCCAUAGAAUAUGAGUUACAUCAAUUUAAUCCUCAUUAAACCAUUCAGUGAAACAAUGUGCUCUGGGAAUGGGAGCAGAAUCAUUCUGUUAAGAGACCAGUGUAUGGUUACAUCAUAGGAUCGAGGUGAUCAGGUAGAAGAUACCAAAGGAAAACAGCUUCUGGAUUUCCUUAGUGUUGGGGUAAAAUAUAUCUAUAUACGACAGUGCUCUAAUCUUGUGCACAUCACAUGUGCAGUCACACAUUCACGCUAGUUGAGAAGAUGAAGAAUGACUCCUUGCUUUACCACCAGUGCUGAUUUUUUUAAUGCAUUCAGCUGUGUAACGAGUGAUUUGUACUCCACAGCCUUAAUAAUAAUUAAUCUCCAUCUCUCUCAUUAUACCCUGUAGUGCUGUUCUCUGUUCUCCUCUGUUCUGUGUUGAAAGCGAGAGCAUCAUAAACUUUCGACCAUGACUUCUAUUCCUUUUUCCUUUCUAAAUAUAAAUGCGUCUAAAAAUCUCUUCAGUCACUGUUUAUCAUAACAUGGCUACUCUUUAUAUCUGAUGGCCUUCCCAUCCUUUAAUGGGGAUGGUCUUUCCCAUUAAUCCCAUUUUUCCCUCUUCCUAUCUUGCGUUAAACUCGAAGCAAAUUUUUUACGUGUUCUACAGUUGAUCAGUCGGUUUUCAGGUUUCGCCUUCAUUUGUCACCCAUCUGUACUUGUAUAUAUAUGCCCCAACUUAUUGUAUGGGAUACAUCCUGUUUCCCUGUAAAUGCUGCACUUUCUGUCCUUUUAUUAUUAAGUGUAAUCGAUAUGGUCUGAGUUCAUGUCUAUGAACGUGUUAGCAGAUUGAAACAGCUGCCAUAGUGGUACAUCGGUUUAAAUGAAUAAACAUUUCACACUUUUUA